AUGCUUGAGAUUCCAACACAUCAAUCCGGAAAGUUCGGGCCCACAGAGUCGACAUCGGGAUGGCGUGAAAAGAAUUCAGACGACAUUGAUACGACCCCCGAGGAUCAGAAGCCGGCGGCAGGAAGGCGUCGCCGACCGACUGGGAAGCGACCCUCCGGAAUUCCAGCUGAUAGUGACGACCCUGACAGCUCGCCGACCUACAACAGUCGCCAGGGUAGACCAGUACGGUACAGGCCACCUGCGAAUCGAAGGCUGUUUUCGAGGCAGACGCCUAAUCUCCCUAUCGUCGGUGUUGGUAUCACUCCCGGGCCCUCGACGGGCCCACCACCUCAGACACCCGAGGAGCAGGCUAUUGUCGCUGGCAAUAAACGACAAAGGGAACGGGGCUCGACGCCCCUUGCACCUCAUGCCAACAGACGACGUGUGGAUGAGGCUGGCAGACAGACAUACGAUGACCGUACCUCGCCCCCUCGGGGUGGUACGGCCGCACCAGCUACGCCAACGCAAUGGAUUCAUGAUGAUGAUAUGGAUAAAGAGAGACAGGACUCGGAUGAGGAGGAGCACCCGUCACCUACUGCAGCGCGGGCAGCAAGAAAGAUUUUGAGACCUACGGGUACAAGAAAUACCGCGGGGAUUUUGGACAGGCAGGCCCUUUUGGCAAAGGCUCGGGAAGAACGCGAGAAGGUCAGUCAAUUGACUAGCACGUUUGGAGGCAUGUCUAUCAACCGGAUGGAUUUAGACUGGCAGCCGGAGACCUCUGCCAGACCUGACCCUCCUCGUGUGCCUGUCCAGCUCCCGCAGAUUGACUGGGAUGCUCCCAUUGACCAGGAGCCAAUGGUGGUUGAUGAUGCGCCCCCGCCAUCGGCCAAGAUGCUGAGGUUGUGGCAGAAGGCGAAGGACAGGCUGGGCUUAAAGGACAACCAAACUGAGAGAAGCCAGCAGCAGGUAGACGACGAGCUGACCUGGACUGGGACGGAGGAGCAACAACUUCAAAGCCAAAGCACGCCGGACCAGAGCACGAGCAGUGGAAGAACCUAUCACCCGUACCGUCCGCUCUUGAACCAGGGAAUCAACCGGCACUCUCCCCAAGCCAGCAGGAACAGGGCCUCUGCCGGAGGAUAUGCACCAGCACCCCCCUCUUCCUCUGCCAGCUCUAGCCAACCAGGACCAUCCAGAAACCCUACCCUCCGGCGCAUGACCGGCAAUGCGAACCUCGCAGCCUCCUACCAAUACAAAGCCCCAAGCCCUGACUGGGCCCAAUGCAAGCGCCAGUCGUUUGUCAUCGAAGAGGACACCGCGUCGGGAGUAUCAAACCUCUACUACAACAAACCAGACCUCCACCGAACUGGCCGUGUUAAAAGAAUAAAGUUUGGCGCCGGGCAUAUCUUUAUCGGCCGGUUCCGGAGACACGGCGGAGAGAACUUCAUCAUGGCGUUCCCGUAUGACAUCCGCUUCUUGAUCUACAAGGAGCUCUUGACCUGUCAUGCCAGGCUGAUCAAGCUUGGUGCCGGCGCGCCGUUGAUUACAGUAGGCAUGGACAUCCCGCCGUGUGACAACCAGAUCAUGUUUACUUCCAAGACGAUCCAUCUCGAGACCUUUAGAAUUUUCUACGGGAUCAACACGUUUGAGAUCAAGGUCAACUGGGAGCACUUUCUUGAUCCGUUGCAUUUCUUGCCGGCAGACUUUGGGCUUGCGGUGAGGAAGAUCAAUCUUGUGCACGACUUCAAGAUCAACUCCAAUUUGAGGGAGGUGCUCGCCAGGAUGAAUGAUAUACCCUGUUACCACUACCCCAGCGGCCCGUCAACGCGCAUUUUGGAUUUUAACAGUUGGCAACCUAUUCUCCAGAGGUUGGAUUACUUGCAUGUUGAGUGGAAGGUGGAAACGUGGGUGCGGCACAGGUUGUAUGCGGGUGCGGAUUUGAACAAGACGAGACUGACAAAGAAGGAUGGGUGGGAGGGAUGGGAUGGGAUUUGGUUCGCGAUGCAGAUGUACAAGACGACGCAGAAGGCGGGGAGCCAGAGGACGAGCAGUUACUUUUGUUACUGGGACAGCUGGAUGGAUCCGAGGUUUGGGAUGGAUCUGGGGUCGUAUCAUACUUGUGGUGCGAGGUGCAAGUAUAUGGAGGAUUUCUUUGCCAAGUUGUGGGAGACGGAUGUUGGGGCGGAUUUCGAUCGGAACGAUUUGGUAAGGGAGGAUCCCGACUCGGAGUUUUAA